GCAUAAAUAUCACUAUAAUCAGACCAUUAUUCAUAUAUCACCCGAUUAUCUCUCUGCACAAGAAACUACACUGCAUUUUGAUUUUGAAUAUUAGAUAUAUAGAAUAUUAGGAUGUUAGCAAAAAUAGGUGUUACUUUCUUGGCUUUUCUUGUUCUCUUGUUACAGCAGGGAUUAAUCAGCCAGUCUCAACCGGACAUCAUCAAUUUUGUCAAAACAAAUGGAGUCAACUUUGUGAAGAACGGUAAGACUAUGUACUUGAAUGGCUUCAAUGCGUACUGGGUGAUGAUCAUGGCAGGUGACCCAUCCUCCAGGACCAAGGUUUCCACUACCUUUCAACAAGCAUCUCAGUCUGGCAUGAAUGUUGCCAGAACUUGGGCUUUCUACGAUGGUGGUAAUGGUUCCCUCCAAUCUUCUCCUGGAGUGUACAACGAAGACAUGUUCAAGGGAUUGGAUUUCGUGAUUGCAGAAGCUAGAAAAUAUGGGAUACAUUUGAUACUGGGUUUGGUGGAUAACUUCAAAGAUCUUGGUGGCAAAGCACAGUAUGUUCAGUGGGCAAAGGAACAUGGACAGAAUGUGACCGAUGAAAAUGAUUUUUAUACAAACGCAGUUGUCAAACAGUACUAUAAAAACCACGUCAAGACUGUGCUCACAAGAAUAAACACAAUAACUGGGGUGGCAUAUAAAGAUGAUCCAAUCAUCUUUGCUUGGGAGCUCAUGAAUGAACCCCGCUGCACCACUAACUCCUCUGGAAAGCAAAUUCAGAUCUGGGUGGAAGAAAUGGCCGCAUACUUGAAGUCCAUUGAUCAAAGCCAUCUGCUGGACAUAGGGUUGGAAGGAUUUUAUGGAGAUUCAGUACCUUCAAGGAAACAGUACAAUCCCAACACAGCUAUUGUUGGUACUGACUUCAUUUCCAACAAUCAAGUCAAAGACAUCGAUUUUGCCACUAUUCACAUUUAUCCUGAAGGAUGGUUACCAAAUCCAACCGAGGCAGCCCAAGCUGCUUUUGUGGAUAAGUGGAUCCAGUCCCAUAUCCAAGACAGUGCUAAUGUGCUUAAGAAACCACUGGUGAUAGGGGAGUUUGGAAAAUCUUGGAAGUUCCCUGGAUACACAUUGCAGAAGAGGGAUGCCUAUUAUGGGAAGGUGUACAAUGCAAUAUACACAAGUUCUAAAAGUGGGGGCCCAUUGGUUGGUGGGCUUUUUUGGCAACUCCUGGCCCAAGGAAUGGAAAGCUGGGGCGAUGGGUAUCAAGUUGUCUUGCCAGAAAGCCCUACAACUGCAGGUGUCAUUGGCCUACAAUCUCGCCGGCUAUCAUCUUUAUCACACUAAAGAAAAAAAGACUGUUACGACUCAAUUGAGUUAGUGAAGGCAUUGUCAUUAUUCAAUAAACACCAUCAAAACAACAUUUUCAGCUUUCCUUUCUACUUUUUCCAGUUGAAUAUGGCUUCUUUAGCCACACUUGAUAACUUCCAUUGUCGAUCUCCUUUUCUUCA